CUCCGGGUAAAUUAAUUAAUUGUACUAGUACCUAUGUACUAUCUAUCUAGGUAUAUAAUAUCAUUCAGCAACCCACGUGGUGUCGAUCCACUCCUCCUUCGGGCCCAUUUCCUUCCAUCGAUGAACCUCGGCAUUUCCUCUUUUCCUUAUAAUUCUCCCUUUGGCUUCUCCGCACUUCCUCUUCUUCCCCGCCAAUCUCCUCGACCUCCUCACUACACCUUUUUCUCCUUGUCUCUCUCUCCAUCAUCACUGCUAAUAUAGUGAACCCCAAAAUGCCCGACCAAUUCCACGGCUGGGUCUCCCACUCCCCCACCACGCCACUCACCUUCACCACCUUCACCCCGAAACCCUUCACGCCCACCGACAUCGAAGUGCAAAUCACCCACUGCGGCAUCUGCGGCACUGACCUCCACACCCUCCGUUCUGGCUGGGGGCCAACCGACUACCCUUGCGUCGUGGGCCACGAGAUCAUCGGCAUCGUGACCCGCAUCGGCUCGGCCGUCCCAACAACCCCCAGCACAGACACAACCUCCUCUCCCCUCCAACUUGGCGACCGAGUGGGCAUCGGCGCCCAAACCCUCUCUUGCCUCCAAGCCACCUGCAUCGCCUGCACCUCCGGACGCGAGAACUACUGUCCUCGCAUGAUCGCCACCUACAAUAGUCGCUACCUAGACCUAUCGGGCAACAACAAAUCCCGCACCGGACCGAAAACCUACGGUGGAUUCGCGCGUACCUGGCGCGGGCCUGCCUCCUUUGUAUUCAAGAUCCCGGAUGCGAUUCCCUCUGCGGCGGCGGCGCCGUUACUUUGCGCGGGUGUGACUGUCUUCUCCCCGCUACGGAAAUACGGUGCCGGGCCGGGGAAAACCGUUGCGGUGGUGGGGAUCGGUGGGCUCGGACAUCUGGGGAUCUUGUUUGCCAAGGCGUUGGGGUGUGAUCGGGUGAUCGGGAUUUCGCGGACGGGACGGAAGAAGCAGGAUGUGACGGAGAAGAUGGGGGCAGAUGAAUUCCUCGCGACGGAGGAGGAAAAGGGAUGGGAGAGGAGGUGGGCGAGGACGGUAGAUGUGAUGAUCUGUACGGUGGAUGGGGAUGAUAUGCCGUUGGGGAAGUAUUUGAGGCUGUUGAAGGUCGAGGGCACAUUCGUGUUGGUGGGAGCGCCGGAGACGCCAUUACCCCGGAUUAGGGCAUGGGAGUUGAUUGGCAAGGGAGUCACGGUGACGGGGUCCAAUGUGGGCUCGAGAGACGAUGUCAGGGAGAUGUUGCGGGUUGCGGCGGAGAAGGGCGUCGUGCCGUGGGUGGAGAGACGGCCGAUGGAGGAGGUCAAUGGGGCGUUGAGGGAUAUGGAGGCUGGAAGGGCGAGGUUUCGGUAUGUGUUGGAGAAUAAGAAGGAAGGGGAGAGGGAGAGGAAGAGGGGAGAGAGUCGGUUGUAGUGUAUAGAUCUGUGUAGUUGUAGAGAUGGCGGAGAUAGAACAUUGCAUGCACGUAGAAGACAGAGGUUAGCAGAAGAACCACCGCACGAUAAUACUACUAGACACAAGAUCCAUCUUCCAAACCUUUCUGAUUAGUAACUGUUAGGACAUGAAGCCGAAGAAAACGAGUGAUAUUG